GGGACUGGAUAGCCUAUCCAAAACUCCGUGAGAGCUCUGCAGUUUGAGCUCUUUUUUUGUGCUGCUCUUCAAAAUUUGAGGAACAGAAGGCGAAACUUCUAAAGAUUGCGGGAAAGUUAGUACAUGUCAAAAUAUGUACAUAAUACCCGACUUCCCACGUUCGCAUGAUUAUUCUACAUCGUCUCAUUGUCUUUCCUGCAUUAGUGAACUGUCACUAGCUUUUGCUUUAUUAGCUACCAUCUGUUGUUUUGUUUGAAAUACAUCCGAAAUGACAACGGAGAACGCCCAGGCAAAUUCAAGUGGUGUCCCACAGGAAAAGGAUUUCUCGCAUAAUAGCAAUCAUAACGGAGAGGGCAGCAAUUCAUAUGAAAUGAAUGACUUGUCAAUUGGUUCGGAAGAUGCAUUGAAGAGGAUCAAGACAGCUGGCAGUAUCAGCAUCAGUCCGGAAUUGUUCGAAAAGAUAUAUCUCUCUCCGCAAAACGCCGUGAAAGGUGAUUUGAGGAAGACUUUUGGAAAUCCUACCCCGGUAGCAAUAGUUGGUUUUCUAAUUACCUUAUCGCCCCUAUCGUGCGAUCUUAUGGGCUGGCGUGGAGCGGGUAACAACGGUGCGGCUGGAAUUGGUUCCUACUUCUUCUUCGGUGGACUCCUCAUGAUUGUCGGUGGUUUCCUCGAAUUUGUUUUAGGCAACACUUUCCCCUUUGUGGUAUUUAUCUCUUUCGGUGCUUUUUGGCUUACUUUCGCCUCCACACUUCAACCUUUUUAUUACGCAUAUGGGCUUUACGCUCCUCCCGGCGGUACUCCUGUCGACGGCCUGAGAACAGUUGGGUUCAACGCCUCUUUUGGAUUCUUUCUUGUUUUCAUGGCGGUCUUGUGUCUCAUAUACCUGGUCUGCUCUCUGCGCACAAACGUCGUCUUUGUUAUAAUAUUUUUUACGCUGGUUGUUGCUUUCUCAAUUUUAACCUCCGUGUAUUGGCACACGGCAAACGGUAUUGGAAAUAACGAUGCGACUCAAUUGGCGCUGGCAAAAAGAUUAGAGGUUGCGGCUGGGGCGACCCUUUUCGUAACAUCACUGGCAGGCUGGUGGAUCUUUUUUGCCAUUAUGCUAGCGGCUCUAGACUUCCCGUUCCAAAUCCCAGUGGGAGAUCUAAGCACUUUGAUAAAAGGAGCAAGUGAGCGAGAAAAGUCAAAGGAACAAAUGGCGUAGCGUCAGUCUCGAUACUGGGUCUACAGAGAUCCAUUUGACCUGCCAUGCAACGAGAGCAACGAUCUCUGGUGACAAAAUUGGGGAAGAAUGGCUAUGUGGAGUAUUGGUGGCUCUCUGUUAACCGAUUUAGAUACUAGGAUUAUGUCCUCAGCACUUUCACGAUCCAAGUUUGUUUGUUAUUGAUAUGCAAUGUAAGGUUUCUAUGUAAGCUAAGGAUUAGGCCGUGUAUAAUUAUUGUUUCUUAUACCUUUUGCUUAAGUUCUGUAUGUUAUCCAGCAGUUUAAGAACAAUUACAUGAAUAAAUGUAACACGCUACACAAUAUAAUCUGCAAGACCUGUUCUCGAA